CCAUGUCCCCUCCUCGUCUCUUUGCUGUGUUGUAUAUGUUUGAUUAUUGAUUGUUGAUACCGUACUUACCAUUCACUCACACCUCCGAUUUCGCUGCUUUGAUUUCUUCUUCAUUUUCCCCUGGAAUUCUUUUGUAUCUCCCAAGUUCUCUUUUCCUAUUUAAAUUCCUCAUCGAUCCUGAUUUCCUUCUCUAUUCUUCUUUCCCUUCAUUCCUGUUUGUUUGUACAUAUCAGUCCUUCUCGCAGUCAGUCAGUAUUCAUUGCGCAACUUAGAGGAAACCGAACCACAGAAAGAGAAACAUAAAGCCGUAUUGAUACCUUUGUUUGUCUAUUUAUCGACUUCAAAACUCCUUCACACUUUCCAUCAUGUCGAACUUAAUAUCUCGGAAAGCAUUACUAUGUUCUCGAAGACCAUUCCUGAUUGCACCUUCAAAUUAUAGAAGAUUAUCUUCUAGAACAUCCCCUCUUCAAUCUACUUAUACUGGAAGUCCCACUUCAGCUUCUGCUGCUUCCGAUGUUCUUCAUCCAAUACAAUCCAAUACGGAUUCAACAUCUAAAUCAGCUACUAUGCCAAAGAUUAGUCCGCUGUCAAUAUUACCUCUGAGUAAUGUUGUAAGAUCUUUGGUUAUCAAUACUAUUUCUUCUUCUCCUUUACUUCUCGCACCAUCCCUCAAAAUAAUGACCAUCCUCGCCCAUUCUCAAAAUCCCAUCUUAUCACCCGAUCGCAAUCCCGUUUUACGAUUCUUCCUCAAAAAUACCUUUUACAAACAAUUUUGUGCUGGUGAAACCCACGCCGAAGUUCAAAAGACGGUUCGCGGAAUUAAAGAUCUUGGUUUCAAAGGUGUUUUUCUCUGUUAUGCAAGAGAAGUUGAGAAAUCGCCAGGUGCCAAUAUCGAUGUGGAGAAGUGUGUCAAGAAUGAAGUUUUACCUUGGGCUGAAGGUACUUUGGCGACUGUUCGAUUAGCUGGUCCGGGAGAUUUCGUUUCCAUCAAGGUUACUGGAGCGGGAAGUUUAGCUCUACAAGCUUUGGAAGCAAAGGGAGUUUGUCAUGAUACACUCAAAAAGGCGAUUGAUGAUAUUUGUGCUCUGGGUGCAGAACGAGGUGUCAAAUUAGCUUUUGAUGCGGAACAUGCUGCUGUGCAAGCGGGGAUUGAUCUUUGGACUUUGAAAUACAUGAAGAGAUAUAAUAAGCCCGGCAAAGGAGGAGCAGUUAUCUAUGGCACUUAUCAAGCAUAUCUCAAAGCCUGUCCCCAAGUCGUCGCAAACCACAUGGCCAUUGCGCAAAAGGAAAACUUCACCCUCGGAGUCAAAUUAGUUCGAGGCGCGUACAUGGGAUCGGAUCCUCGCGAAUUAAUCCACGAUACCAAACGCGAAACAGAUGAAUGUUAUGAUGGCAUUGCCGAGGCAUUGAUUCGUCAAACUCCCAAUGCGAUUCUGAAACCGGAAAAUGGAGCGGGAAAAACAUUCCAAGCUGUGGAUUUGGCGCUCGCAGGUCACAAUUUGGAAUCGGUUAGAAAGGCACAGGCGAUUCGUACCGAACAGGCUGAGAAGGGCGAAGAGCGAAUCGAAUUAUGCUAUGCACAAUUGCAAGGUAUGGCAGAUGAAGUAUCCUGCGAACUUGUCGCGGAGGGAAAAUUAGCCGAAUCGAUGAAUUCUUCACAUGCUCAGGAUUCAAAAGUUACAGUUCAUGGAGGAAUCAAUGAAUUGAUUGGCGGAACUAAGGGGGGAAAAGAUCAAUCGCAUCUGAAAACGGAUAUUCCAAAGGCUUAUAAGUAUUUGACUUGGGGAACUACUGGGGAGUGUAUGAAAUAUCUUUUGAGGAGAGCCUAUGAAAAUCGAGAUGCGGUGGGGAGAACGAGAGAGGGAAGAAAUGAAAUGGGUAGGGAAUUGGUGAGGAGAGUUAAGGGGGUUUUUGGUGCGUGAUGAGAUGAGAUGAAAUGAGAUGAUGAAAUGAGAUGAUACGGAUUAAGGUCUUUUGAUAUAUUGCAUUGCAUAGCGAUGGAUGAAUGGGGUUGGAUUGGGUUGUUUUGUUUUGUUUUGUUUUUUGGGCUGAAUCGCAUUUUUACAUCUUUGCAUUUUUACAUCUUGAUAUCUUGUAUGCGAGCGAGCUUUUUAUGAUAGCUACAUAUAUACCAUACCAUACCAUACCUAGUUUGUACGUAUGUACCUAGGUAGGUAGGUAGAUAGGUACUAGGUAGUUAGGUGAGUUAAAUAAGCGAAUACCAAUACUUUUUCGAUUACCU